UGGGGGGCGAGGCAGCUCACCAAGAGAACGUGCAGACCCUUUGGUUCGAGGCCCAGUAGCCCCAAAUCCGCUCCUAUCUGGUUAAAAGGGAAUAUUCUGAAAGCUUCACUCAAAUGGACAGUUACAACUAGCCAGACAGACCAGGUCAAGGCCGCGUCGGGGAAGAUGUACCAGAGCCUGGCGCUGGCCCCGAGCCCCGGCCAGGCCGCCUACGCCGACUCGGGCACCUUUCUGCACGCGCCAGGCGCCGGCUCCCCGGUGUUCGUGCCGCCCGCGCGCGUCCCCUCCAUGCUGCCCUACCUGCCUGCGUGCGAGCCGGGCCCGCAGGCACCGGGGCUGGCCACACACCCCGGCUGGGCGCAGGCGGCGGCGGCAGACUCGUCAGCCUUCGGCUCCGGCAGCCCGCACCCACCCGCCGCUCAGCCGCCCGGAGCCACCGCCUUCCCCUUCCCGCACAGCCCCCCGGGGCCCGGAGGCGGUGGCGGCGCAGGGACCCGGGACGGUGGCGCCUACCAGGGCGCGCUGCUGGCGCGGGAGCAGUACCCGGCCCCGCUCGGGCGGCCAGUGAGUGCGCCGUACCCCAGCGCGUACCCGGCCUACGUGAGCACCGAGGUGGCCCCGUCCUGGACCUCCGGACCCUUCGAAGGCAGCGUCCUGCAUGGCCUACAGAGCCGCCCGGCUGGCCUCCCCGGCCGCAGAGCGACCUUCGUGUCGGACUUCUUGGAAGAGCUCCCCGGCGAGGGUCGCGAGUGCGUCAACUGCGGGGCCCUGUCCACGCCGCUGUGGCGUCGCGAUGGCACCGGUCACUACCUGUGCAAUGCCUGUGGCCUCUACCACAAGAUGAACGGCGUCAACCGGCCGCUCGUGCGCCCGCAGAAGCGCCUGUCCUCGUCCCGCCGAGCCGGCCUCUGCUGCUCCAACUGCCGCACGACCACCACCACGCUGUGGCGGCGCAACGCGGACGGGGAUCCGGUGUGCAACGCCUGCGGCCUCUACACGAAGCUGCACGGGGUGCCGCGGCCCCUGGCGAUGAAGAAGGAAAGUAUCCAGACACGGAAGCGGAAACCCAAGAACGUUGUGAAGACCAAGAGCCCCUCAGGAUGCCCAGGGAACAGCACAGCCUCGCCGCCCUCCGUCCCGGACCCUGAGAGCCCAGCGGCUGCUUUGAAACCCAAACCCGGUCUGGCAUCCCCUUCAUGCCCUGGGUCCAGCAUCACCUCCCAGCCCUGGGCCCCCAGGCUGGCCUCAGCGGGGCCCUGCGCCAGGAGGCCUGGUGUGCGCUGGCCUUGGCCUAGGUCCUCGGGCUCCCAGCGGACCCACCUCGCUGCCUGUUGGGCUCCAGCACAGCAGAGAGAGACCACCAGGCCCACCCACCAGAAGAGACGAGCCAGCGAGACCUCAAGGCUCUGGGCAUCCCUCGCCAUGGUGGUGAGGAGGCCUCUGUACAGACAGCAGUCCGACCCCAGAGCAGGAGGAAGGCAAAUGAGAAGGGCCUGAGCCCCCACCGCAGACAGCAGGGGACUCCCCCAAGUGCUGUGCCAGGCUCUGACCGGGCCACUCCAGCCAAAGCUGACCUGGGACGCCCACUGCCAACUUGAGUUCUCUUGUCAACAUUUGCCAUCACCGUGUUUACACAUUGCAGAAGUUGGAAAAAAACCCAACUUCCUGUCAUAAAACCGGGAUCACAAACGAAAUGGCUGAGGUCAGGCCAGCAUCGUGAAUGAGGGAAGCAGCUGGACAUGGGACCUCCUCAAGCCUCAGGAUCUGCCCCUUUCUCACAUCUGAUGGAUAGAACCACGGCAUGGAGAACUUUCCCUCCUGUGAGCGAAGGACUGCCAGAGACAGAUGUGCAGGUUGUGCACUGUACCAGGAUGCUACUCCAGGGGCAAGCCGCCCACACCGUAAUCACCUACUUGUGUAUUUAUUUGGAUGGUUUUCCCAGAGAGGGCAGUAAGGGCUCUCAUUCUGACUGAAUCUAUGUAUUGCGACCACUUCUGACAGGCAGAGUAAAGGACCUGGGGCCCCAUGCUGACCCCACAAGCCCUGUCAGGUGACCACACAUCCUGGCUCACCUGGGGUCAUCCCAGUUUAGUUUGUUGUCCCAGUGGAAUUGUUAUUAACACCGCUUGACUUACAGAAGCCCUCCACUCACGGAGUGGGGUGAUAAGUUAGAGGGUCAUGCUGGCUGGAGACAGCUCUGCCCAAGGGAGCUGGAGGGGAGGCGAUAGGGAAGGGAGGGAGUGGGGCUCCCCAUACCAAAGGGCCAUAUCCUCACUUCUGUUCAGUGACUGCCUUUCGCCAGUCAGUACCGUGAGCUGCUGGGGCAGCUGGGAGCCCGCGUGGUGCCAUCCUGGUAAAGCUCGUCCUUCCUGUUGAAGAACGGUGGUCCCGACGCCAGCUUCCGGGAUGCGCCCGUCUGUCCUGAGCUGGCACCUCGAGUUCCAGCCACGCAAUUUACACGUGAUCUUGUUUUUUGGUUUUUUUUUAAUCAAAGACAAAUGAUGCCAUGAGAAAAAAUGUAAAAUAAAGAUGUUGAUUUUGCA